AUGGAACGCGAAGAGUUUCCCCCGCAGAGGCCGGCCUCUUCCAACGUCUUCUCCACGACAACCCCGGUGAGCACAAGCUCGAACGGGCGGAGACGGGGCUCAACGGCUCAAUAUGAGGAUACGGACGAGGACUGCCUCGAAGCCAGACUCGAGCGCAUCUUGAAAAUCGUCGAAGAUAACGGAUUCGACAGCAUUGAUUCAAUGACGUCAACAUACUACAGGUCAGAACUGUCGGAAGACUCCUUUCUGCGCCCGAUGCAGGCGACCAGCCGCACGAGGCGGCUCAGGAGCCUGCUUUCGGACCUGCAUGCCUCUCAUAAAUCAUGGACUGGACGCGAGAAGAGCGCUUACGCCGAGGAGAUUGUGCGGUCGGCCGAAAGCAUAUGCUCCGACGAGCUUGAAACCCUGUAUGGCUCGCGUGCUCCUCAUACUUCCCCUGUGCGCCGCCGCGCCUCCUCCACCUUGCGAGAACCGUCCCUCCAAGACCAACAAAGCGCCAGUCUCCAAUCGAGGCGGAGGGAGAUUGCCCGUCGGAUUCGGGAAGUGCUGUCUUCCCUGGACAUAAGCGAGUUCCUGCAAAAGGACCAAGCAGCGCUGCAAAACUCGACACGAGGCUAA